AUGGCGAAGGGCCCUGAUUGUGCUUUUCCCAAAAACAUCUUGCGGAAAGAUCAGAAAAAAAAAAGUAAAAAUCUUAACAGAAUUUUUGCUGUCAAACAUGUUGCUUUUCUAUUCGUAAGUAGUGGCAAGUUGGUAGCAUAGUGAAACCUGUUUUCUUCUACAGUCUCUUCAGUGGAAAAAUGUAGCCUUAGAGCAACUCCAAGAGACUAGGUAAAAUUCCUAUCUAAAUGACUAGUUAAAUGACAAGGUAAAAGAAUAAAAAGCUAAUCAAAGGGUGGGAGAGAUCCAACAGUCUCUCCAUCUAUGCCUCUGCUCCACUCCAAAAAAAAUUGAUCUGACACGUAGGACCCACUCGUCAUCCCCCUCCCCUUCUUUCUCCAGCUCGGCCGUAGUGCGGCGGCGCGCGGCUCCUUCCCGUGUGGCUCUCCACGCCGGCGCCUACCCUCCUCCACGGCCUCGCCACGGGGGCUUUGGUAGCUACAUAUUAGCUAUGAGUGAUAAAAUUGCUGCCAUGUCAACUGAGGCAAAUGAUGCUCAAAAUAUCAAAAAUCCGCAACUUGGAUGGAUAAUUGGUUUCCUGUUCCUUGUCAGCUUCAUUGGGCUAUUCGGCCUUGUGCCACUGAGAAAGAUUAUGAUCGUUGACUACAAGUUGACGUAUCCCAGUGGCACUGCUACAGCCUACCUCAUAAAUGGCUUCCAUACGCCCCAGGGUGCCAAGCUUGCAAGGAAGCAAGUGAAGAAAUUGGGUACAUUCUUUGUCCUUAGCUUUGUUUGGGGUUUCUUUCAGUGGUUCUAUACUGCUAACGCAGAUGAAUGUGGAUUCCAAAAGUUUCCAUCACUAGGCCUGCAAGCUUACAAAAACAGGUUUUACUUUGAUUUCUCUCCUACGUAUGUUGGAGUGGGAAUGAUUUGCUCGCAUAUUGUCAACAUAUCUAUCCUCUUGGGAGCCAUCCUCUCAUGGGGAAUAAUGUGGCCCCUCCUAGCCAAGAAAAGGGGAAUUUGGUUCUCUGCUGAUCUCGCUGACACUAGUCUUCACGGAAUGCAAGGUUACCGGGUCUUCAUAGCCAUUGCCUUGAUUCUUGGGGAUGGUCUAUAUAACUUCCUAAAGAUAUUCAUUCUUACAGUGAUCUCGUUAAGAUCUCAACUCAAGAAAAGUAAUGCUAGUACACUUCCUAUCUCUGAUGAUGGCACAGUUACUGACAUCACACCUAUCUCAUACGACGAAGAGCGAAGAAACGAGCUCUUCCUCAAAGACCAAAUUCCUUGGUAUGUUGCACUUGGAGGCUAUGUUGUUAUUGCUGCCAUAUCUAUCGGUACUGUCCCACAGAUAUUCCCACAGCUCAAGUGGUACCACAUCCUGGUAGCCUACAUUUUUGCUCCUGUACUUGCCUUCUGCAAUGCCUAUGGAGCUGGCCUCACUGACUGGUCUCUAGUUACCACCUACGGGAAGCUUGCGAUCUUCGCAUUCGGUGCAUGGGUAGGCGCCUCGCAUGGUGGUGUUCUUGCUGGCCUGGCUGCCUGUGGCGUGAUGAUGAACAUCGUGGGCACUGCUGCUGACCUGAUGGGGGACUUCAAAACAGGAUACCUGACAUUGGCCUCACCAAGGUCAAUGUUCAUCAGUCAGGUCAUAGGCACGGCAAUGGGCUGCAUCAUCGCUCCCUGCGUGUUCUGGCUCUUCUACAAGGCCUUCGGCAACAUUGGCGUCGACGGCAGCGAGUACCCCGCGCCGAACGCCGCCGUCUUCCGGAGCAUGGCGAUACUGGGUGUGGACGGCUUCUCCUCGCUCCCGAAGAACUGCCUCACCCUCUGCUACGUGUUCUUCGCCGCGGCGAUCGUCAUCAACCUGAUCAGAGACCUGGUGCCCAAGAAGGUGUUGCGGUUCAUCCCGAUCCCGAUGGCGAUGGCCAUCCCGUUCUACAUCGGGGCGUACUUCGCGGUGGACAUGUUCAUCGGGACGGCGAUACUGUUCGUGUGGCAGAGACUGGACAGAGCCAAGGCGGACGCAUUCGCUCCUGCGGUCGCCUCCGGCAUGAUCUGUGGCGAUGGGAUAUGGGUCCUCCCUCAGUCGGUGCUGGCCCUCGCCAAGGUUAAGCCUCCGAUCUGCAUGAAGUUCCUGUCAAGGACGAUGAAUGACAAGGUGGAUGCUUUCCUUACAACGUAGAACGUUUGGUGGAAACGACGACAUGUGUCAGUUAUGAGUAAUGAAGCCAAUGUUCAGUCUUCUCCUCAUCUGAUGUGUGUGCGUGCAAUGGGUAGUCAUCUUCUACUUCAGUAAGUCCGUGUGUCAGCAAGAAGACAAAUGUUCUGAGGUUAAUAUCAACUAUACAAGAUAAAAGAAGUUAUGUACAGGUUGCUUUUACUAGACCUGAUAAGUCAUGUGUUU